AUCAAGCAUAGCAGAUCGUGGGGUAUUUUCUGCCCUACAUUCUACAGAGAAGUUGAUAUUUUCUCCUUAAAUCAGAAGAAAUUCAAUAUGACUGUCCUUUUCACCUAUCCAGCCGCUCAUCUUGUUUCGUUUGCAAAUAUCAGAUGUAUUCUCUUGAGAUAAAAAUAGUGCAAGAUGAUUAGUUAGGCAAGUUCAUUUGACACCAUUCCCGCUUCGUGACGCUGAAAUCCAAAAUCUGUAUAUGGUAUACAACUUAAGGUAUAUAUACGCAAGCUCAGCCCAGCUCCGGUGGAGACGCACAGCAAGCACGCUCCUCCCCAGCAGCUGCUUCCUUACCCAGCCAGGACCACCACAAAGUUCAACGAUGGCCAUCACUGACAUCCUUUCUGCAAAAGAUAUUGAAUCUGCUCUCUCCAGCUGCCAGGCUGACGAUUCCUUCAAUUACAAGUCUUUCUUCUCCACGGUUGGUUUAUCCAGCAAAACUCCUGAUCAGAUAAAGUUAGUUUUUGGAAUCCUUGAUCAGGACAAGAGUGGUUUCAUCGAAGAAGAGGAGCUUCAGCUGUUCCUGAAGAACUUCUCCUCCAGCGCCAGAGUCCUCACGGCCGCGGAGACCAAGGCCUUUCUGGCCGCCGGUGACACCGACGGGGACGGCAAAAUUGGGGUGGAAGAAUUCCAGUCUCUGGUGAAGGCAUAGACAGCAUUAGACCAAAGGCAACCCUGGAGUGACCCUUUCGAUUACCUCGUCCCCCAGGCACUCCGCACUCAGCACGCGUUUCCACAUUUCGGUAUUGUUUCAGGCAUUAACAGCUCCCCACACGUCCAGUUCACGCACCGGGCUGCUGAGAAAUCGCACAACGUAAAGAAGUUUCGGUCAGGCGGUGUCACCUUUCCCCUGUAAAGACGGCACUUGUGACCUUCAGCCGCUCGUGAUGUUGAAAUUGGGGCUGGAGGAGGGGAGGGAAAGCGUAAAAACCAGCUUGGGGGGGAAAGCUGCUUCUAAAAUGCCGUUUACACUUUCCGUCCUCACACUUCACCGGGACUCCAGACACAGUUUCAAUGAUCUUCAACAAUAUCACGUCUUUUAAGGCUUAAUGGUCAUGAUUUCAUUGAGUUUUAUUUCUGCUUAAUUCUCUGAUCUUGAGGAAAAGCAAUGCUAACAAGAUAGCUAAAAAUAAUUUCUGUUAAGUCCCAACCCUGAGAAUAUGAGAAGAAAAAUUGAAGAGGAGUUGACACAUAGCUCAGAGCACGGAAUAAGUCUGUGGGUAGCUUUACAAAACGAAGUACCAGGCUACAGCAUGUGUCGCCAGAAAGUGUUUAUGGCCUAAAAUGUAACUCUCCCUUCGGAAGAUUUCUCCGUGAAACCGAAGCAGCUGUGAGACAGAGGAGAAGGAUCUAAUCCCGGCUCCGACAGCGCUGACGUGGGCGGGCGGGGGCUUUCCGUGAAUCGCCAGCCUGUUGCUUAUUAUCCCCUAAUGUGUACAAAACAACCGUAAUUUGCCACAUUUGUGACCUUCUGUGUUUCCUACAGAGGAAACAACUGCCAGAAUUGCUGUUUGAUUACCUUAAAGCUCUGUUACAUUGCUAAAUAAUGCUAAUUACUCGAUCCUUUCAUUUAUUAUAAUGAAUAAUCAUCUAUAUAGUGCAUAAUAUUAGCAAUUUUCUUAAAGCUGAAAAUUACUAA